AUGGGCAAGAGUCUUAUGGACAAGAUCCAGGCCAAGCUGGAGCUCUUCCGUCUGGAGCAACGCUACACCCGCCGCCGUCACCGACGUUCCACCUUCGUCUCCAACGCUGUCUACGUUGACGGCGAGUACGUCUACCAGACUCCCAACAGCACUGGCUCCUCGUCGGGAUCCUCCAACAUGGACGCUCUCCACGGCGACAAAGCCGGCAACAGCUCCUCAUCCACGCCCACCACUGGCACCCUCGAGGGCGGCCACUUCCCUUCAGAGUUCCAAGCGCCACCGCAGCAGCAACCGCAGCAGACGAGCGCUGAGCGCAAGCGUCUAAACCGCUUCAGCUCCAUCCCACACUUUGGCGGAUCAUCCUUCAACAAGGAGAUGCCCAGCAUCAAAGAGCGAAGGAGCAGCAUGAUCCGAUGA